UAACUUUAAGAAAGGCAAGAGUUGUAUAGCAGAUCAAAAUAGUCUUUAAAUUUCUUCAUAGUAGAGCAAGUUAAGGGCAAGCUAAAAUUAUUAGAAUUACUUAAUUGUUUCAGCCUUCUCUAUGACUUCUUCCCCAGUAUCAAAAAAGAUUAACAAAGAUCAACAAAUAUUUCAUGAAUCUGAGUGAAAGUAUAUCAAAAUAUGCAUUUUAAUAUCUUCCUUCAAAUGUCUUUUGUUUUCAUAAUAGGCCAAUGGAGAGCAACAAGACCACAGUGACAGAUUUCAUUCUCCUGGGAUUUCUUGUUAGUCCUAAGAUGCACCUGGUUCUCUUUGGAAUUUUCUUCCUACUCUACACUUUCACUCUGCUAGGAAAUGGAGUCAUCUUGGCUCUGAUUCAUCUUGAUUCCAGACUCCACACCCCCAUGUACUUCUUCCUCUCACAACUGGCGAUUGUUGACAUCUCUUAUGCCUCAAACACAGUACCCCAGAUGUUGGCAAAUCUCCUGGAUCCAAUCAAACCUAUCUCCUUUGCAGGUUGCAUAAUGCAGACCUACCUCUUUGUGACAUUUGCCCUCAUAGAAUGUAUUCUCUUGGUAAUGAUGAGCUAUGAUCGGUAUGUGGCAAUCUGCCAUCCACUCAGAUACACACUUAUUAUGAGCUGGAGAAUGUGUGGUUCACUUACUAUCACAUCCUGGGUUUGUGGAUCUCUCCUGGCAUUGGUCCAUGUGCUUCUCCUCCUUAGGUUGCCCUUCUGUGGACCUCGAGAAAUCAACCACUUCUUCUGUGAAAUCCUAUCUGUACUGAAACUUGCCUGUGCAGACAUAUGGCUCAACAAAUUGGUCAUUUUUAUUGCCAGUGUGUUUAUCUUAGUUGUUCCACUCUGCUUGGUCCUAAUUUCCUAUACACAUAUUUUUAGUGCUGUCCUGAGAAUCCAGUCAGGAGAAGGAAGAAAGAAAGCCUUCUCCACCUGUUCCUCCCAUCUCUGUGUAGUUGGGCUUUUCUUUGGUAAUGCCAUAAUCACUUACAUGACCCCUAACACCAAGAACUCUGAAGAGCAACAGAAAAUUCUUUUCUUAUUUUACAGUUUCUUUAAUCCUACCCUAAAUCCUUUGAUCUACAGCCUGAGAAAUGCAGAAGUAAAAGAUGCUUUAAGAAGAGUCUUUAAGAGGGAGAGACCAAUUUGAGAGAUUGCAUGAAUUUUUUUUUAUAGAGGAAAGCAUAGGAAAUGAGCUCUCUAAUAAUUUAGCAUGUAGGGGAAUUCAAUCAUCAUUUUUUUUUUACUUCAGAAUCCUAAUUUGUGCUUUUUUUUUUUUUUUUUUUUUUUGGUG